AUGGACUACAUUAGAGUUGAUAUACAAUUAGAGAAAGAACACUACUAUGCUGGGGAGAGUAUAUGCGGUACAGUUAUCCUGGACACUGUAGAAAACUUUAAAUUAAGAACUAUUAGAGUUAUACUAAGAGGUAAAGCACAUGCAGAAUGGAAGGUAUUGUUAUCUGGAGAUCGGAGAACUGUCAAAGAAGAUCAGUACUUUGUCGAUCAGCGUCAAACAAUAUGGGGGGAAAAGAAUUUAGAGUCUACCAUACCGAUAUUACCUAGGGGAGUUCAUAAGUUUCCUUUCAAGUUUUCUCUUCCUGAGUCAAACCUACCCUGUUCUUUCGAGAGCAGACCCGGCCAGAUCCGGUACUACUUCAAAGUUACCAUAGAUAUACCGUAUGCAAGUCCCCCACAGGGCAUGAAGUACUUCACUGUUAUAGGGCCUCAUAUAGACUGUAUGGACGAACAUUAUUUGAAACCUGCUAUACUGGAAAGUAAGAGAUCUACGUGUUGUUGGUGUUGCAAAAAGGGUACAGUCUCUCUAAGAUGUGUCCUUGAACGGUCUGCUUACGUCUGCAGGGAAAGUAUCAAACUAAAGGCUACCAUUGACAAUCAGGGGGAAGAAGAAGUAAAACUACGAGUUAGGUUAGAGCAAAUAUGCGAGUACUUUAUAGAUAGGGGCGUAUUGGGAGCUUCAAAGGACCAAAAGCAAGUAGUUUUUGAAUAUAGAGGAAAUCCUGUUAAAGCUCAGAAAAGAAUUAAAUGGGACAGUAGCAACGUGCUAGUGAUUCCUCCUGUGCCAACCACUCUAAUAGGAAUUUGUCGACUGAUCCAGAUAUAUUACGUAUUAACGGUAAGCCUGGACACUUUGAAAGAACCAGACUUAGUGACUGUCAGUUUACCGGUUACCAUUGGUACUGUUCCUUUUAGAAUACCAAAUAGCGAUAAGAAUCCAGUUAUAAAAUAUGAACAUGCGUGUUCUCAUGUGGAGGGAGGUCAAUAUUUGGCACCCGAUUUUUUGCUGGGUCAAGUAUAUGAUGGAAAUGAACAUUAUUUAAGGGAACCUAUAGUUUUGUAUAAACCAGUUUAUGUCACAGUAGACAAAUCGGACGAAAAAUGAGAAUAUCAAGGCAAUAAUAAUCCAGAUCUACAGGGUAUUUCAACUCAAUUUUAGUUAAUCUACGUCUAAUUACGUAAGUUAUUCAAGACUGAGUACUAUAAAUCGUUACAUUCAUUUUCUUUACUUACAACAAAUCAUAUUAAAAAUUAUUAUUGUGAUAUACCAUAUGAUCGAAAAAAAAACGCGUCAAAGAGGACUGGAGGAUAAUUUCGCCGAGGUCAAUCUACGGACGUCACACUACUAAAAAUUGACCACCAUGAUUAUAGAAAAACACUGACCAAGCACUGACUAUAGAAAGAUUAAAAAAAAGAACGUUUCCCCAGAUAAAUAAAUCUAUUUCCGAAAAAAUAUUUUUUCUCGGCAAAAAAAUAAAUUACAACCUUCUUAAGGCCAAGAAAAUGACGUAUAGGGCUUGACCGCGCCAAAAUUAUCAUCGAUCAUCGUUCCCCAGCCGUCUGUGACGCCAGUUUUUUUCGAUCGUACGGUAUUUUAAUUUAUUUUACAAAACAGAUUGUUUAAACAUGCUUAUAGCAUGUUACUUUGAUU